UUAAUUACAUACAUAAAAAACAUGUACCGGUAUUGUAAUAAACAUGGAUUGACAGUUAUAACAGCGGCAGUUAUUGUUGGCUGUCAUCAGUUGUGGCAAAACAGUUGUCAUAAGCAUCGGGAUAUUGUUGGCACACAAUAUCCAAAUGAAUUGUCGGCAUUGGAUGAUCAACAACAACAACAAUACGGACAGACAGUUGGCUAUCAGUUGAUGAAAAUGGCUCACAUGACUAACGAAAAGUACAGCAUUGAUGUCAUAAACAAUUGGAUGGACACGAAAUUUGUUAGAGUCCGGUCACCGAACUAUCGACACGUAAUGUUCGGUGAUAUCGGCACCGGUAUUAUCAUCGACUUUUACAAUAUCCCAUUGAUAGUAACCAACGAACACGUAACACGUGGCCAUCAAUUUGUACACAUAAAAUGCAAUCACGAGUCGGAAAACGAAUGGCCGAUCGGUUUAGUUGUCUACAAGAAUCCCGAAUUGGAUUUAGCGCUCAUAUAUGCGCCGAGUCUACAGAUUGGUCCGAUGGUUAGCGGAUGUACUAUCGAAUCGGAUUCGGGACUCGAAUUUGGCGAUGAACUCAUAACUUUAGGCUUUCCCCAAUACGAACCCAUUGUUAACAUAGGUUACGGCUAUGUUGUCUGUACAGAUAGUUUAGUACCGCUCUCCGAUCCCGUUGCAAUGGUUCCCGAUUGUAAAUACGUGAAACAUACGGCCGCCAAGUAUGCCGGGUUUUCCGGUGGUCCAACAGUAAAUUUGUCCGGCAAAUUGGUGGCCGUUAACUGUUUGGGCAGUAUGACUAACCUAUAUAAACAUUCAAUACUUGCCAUCAAUUUGAUUGAAAAUUUUGUUGUCAAUGGUAAUGAAUUUUUCAGACAACAGAUUGCCAGACGGGAAAGGGAGCACUCAUUGAGAUUAGGGCUAACCCUUCAAUGGAGUCCAAACUAUGGUGUUAUGGUCUACGAAAUGUUUUGCCUAACACAGGGAAACCAAAAUUUGAACAGACUUGACGUUAUACUAGAAAUCAAUGAACAAAAUAUUAUAUCAUUGGAUCACUUUAUGUAUGAGAUAAGCCGUUUUCCUGACAACAACAACAUACCGGUGCUUAUUCAUAAUUAUAGACAAUUUUCGGGUAGAUAUUAUCAACAGUUUAUUAGUGCCCAACAAUUGGACUUAAAAUGGGUUUAG